GUACAACAUUGUAUCAUUUAACGACUAUUCAACAUUAUUCUGCGUUUGACUGGUACUUGAAGCUCUCCAAAAACAAAGAAAAAGUGUCGUCUGUUAACAGGUGUCACGCGUUCCAAGUUGGCUGUGACCAAUACGGCUACCUGCCGAUUUCCUCGUUAACACUUGCAACCGUAAUUCACCGUAAUUAUACAGGAGAGAUGGUAACGUUGAAAAGAAAAUUACGUUUGCAAUUGUUUUAGAAAGUUUAAUAAACAAUUCUUUAUUAAGGAACAUAGAAAGACUGCAACUUUGAAACGCGUUGCUUGCGCGCCAAACGUACGAAGUUGUAAACUGUGCGCGUGAAAUGUCACUAUCAUCAUUUGAAUCGUAACAAUGUCAGACAUAAAAAGCAUUUUGGUCCUAUUAUGUCAACAUUUAAAUUUAUCUAUCAAUGUCGCGAUGAAACCUGAGUAUUUCAGACUAGCGAAGUUCAAUAAUACAGCCGAAAAUGUCACCGAGACGUUCUGGAAAACGUUGUAUGCUCUAAGUUAUCAUGCCGUAAAAGAAAAACAGAUCGAAGUCAAUUUUGAACAAUGUGGUACAGUGUGGGCUACGAAAUUGUAUUUUGCAUAUUUACGUUACCCAGCGAUAGAGUUUUAUGCUCUUGGCGAAGACAGUAAGAAUACCAGAGAGUUGUUAGUUGCAUUUUCAUGGCUUCUUGGAACGCAAGAUGUUUUGAGCAGUAUAAUUAAAAUAAAUCUCUCCAACAGCGUAUUUGGAAGCGAAUGUUCAAAUUUAAAUAACUCUGAAGAAAUGAAAAUAGAAUACGAUGUACCAGAGACAUGGACUGCGCAAAUGAACAAUAUAUUAUACUUAAGCGGUAAAGUGAAUUAUAAUAUAAAAGAGAUAUCCGAACUAAUUUCUGAAAGAACUAAAUUAAUAAGCAAAGUUCACGCCGCAAGCAUCGGCACUAGCGGUCUCCCACAUCUGAGCGUAUCGGAAUUAGCAUUGAUAAAACGUAUUGCGACCGUUAACAAAGAUGCGUUAUCUGAUGAAGAUAAAAGAUAUUUGAAGGAAUUAUCCAGUAUCGGUACUUUAUUAGAUUUACAUAUGAAAUGGUCGAAAAAGGAAUAUAUAUUUUUUGACUGGAUGGUAACGGUAUUCGAGGAGCUUGAUAAAUCUAUAAAUUCUAAUAUAAAUGAUAUAAAUUGGAACGAAGUUAUAAAGUUUGUUUCUUUGUUACAUCAUAUCGUACGAGAGAAACUUGAAUUCUUAUCUAGCAUGAAGGAAUCCAGUUGUCAAAAUCACCGUUGUGGGUGUGUAUCGCGUUUACAGUGGUCUAAAAAGAUUGAAAUAGAAUUGGAUAAUUGGUUAACGGAGAUGUCUGCCGAAUUAAACAAAGAAAUAGAGGAUUUAUCUGAAAAAAAGAAAAGUCUUUCCUUUGAAUUAAAGAAAAUGAUGCAUUUAAUUCCUUCUUGUAUUCAACUAUAAUUUUUAUAACAAAAUAAAAAAUAUCACGGAUCAGGUUCAUCCUUAUUCUUA